AUGUGGACGUCUCAUCCGAACUUCAUGGAUGUCGUGGCUGAUUCUUGGAAUAUGGGAGUCGAUGUGCGAUGCCCUAUGUUAUCUGUUAUGUUGAAAUUGAAGCGCUUGAAGGGGGUUUUACGUAACUGGAACAAGUCGGUGUUUGGGAACGUGGAUUCUGCCAUCGACCAAACUCAAAGAGACUUGGAAGAUAUUCAGGCGACUAUUGCUGAUUUGGGCUAUAAUGAUAGCAGGUUUGAUGCGGAAGUCAGUUGUGAAGCUAAGCUUAAUAGAUUUCUGUCGCAAAAAAGCAGUCUCCUUCAGCAGAAGAGUAGAGUGACGUGGCUCACGGAUGGGGAUAAAAAUACGAGCUUUUUCCAUAACAUGCUCAAGUUUAGAAAAGAUAAGCUUCAUAUUGGGCACCUGCGGAUUGGCAAUGAUAUUGUUUAUGAUUCGAACGUCAUAGAGCAGCAUAUUAUUGGUCAUUUCUCCUCGUUAUUCACUAACGGGGACUCUCAUGUGGUGGAGUUGGCAGCUAUCGAAGCUAACGUGGAUAUGGUUAUCACGGAGGAACAGAAUAGAGGGCUAAUUGUAAUUCCGGAUGACAUGGAGAUUACUGCGGCUGUCUUUAGUUUGGAUGGAAAGAGUUCUCCUGGACCGGAUGGGUUUUCCGGGUUGUUUUUUCAAAACUCCUGGAGUCUGAUCAAGAAUGACAUGAUAAAGGCGGUACAGAGCUUCUUCCUGCACACGUCCUUGCCUGCGGGGUGUAAUUCUAACACUUUGAUUUUGAUUCCGAAAAAAGAUCUGGUGGACUCGGUUUCUGAUCUUAGGCCCAUUGUCUUGGCUAAUUUUCUGUUCAAAAUCAUCUCCAAGGUCCUUGCUUCAAGGCUCAGUUCAAUUGCGGCUGCUUCCGUUUCCCCAAAUCAGUUUGGUUUUAUUUCGGGGAGAUCUAUUCAUGAUUGCAUCGCGAUGGGUUCGGAAGGUUUCAAUACUAUGAAUCGUGUUAAUCGCGGAUCGAACUUUGCCUGUAAAAUCGACAUCCAUAAGGCUUUUGACACCAUGCGUUGGGACUUUAUUAUUGCUGCUCUCCGUACUAUGGGGUACCAUGAUCAGUUCAUUCGCUGGAUCGAGGUGAUCUUUGAGUCGGCUCGUAUCUCUAUUUUGUAUAAUGGGAGGCUUAGUGGUUACUUCGCCUGCUCUCGUGGGGUUAGGCAGGGAGAUCCUUUAUCCCCUAUCCUUUUUGGUAUCGCCGAGGAUGUUCUUAGCCACAUUAUCCGGAAUUGCGUUGCUUCGCGUCAUUUGGUGCCCAUGGGCUUUGACAGAAUGUCGGAUUUUCCUACUCAUUUACUCUAUGCUGACGAUGUGCUUAUUUUUUGCCGUGCUUCUGUCAGGAAUGCGAAGAAAAUUAAACAUAUCUUGGAUUUCUAUGGGGAGCUUUCGGGUCAAAUUUGCAGCCAAGCGAAGUCGAGAAUUUUCUUUGGUCGUGGGGUUUCGUUUGCUAUGACGCAGGGAAUUAAUAGGGUCUUGGGCUUCACUCAGGGAUCUCUACCGACCACGUAUUUGGGCGUCCCUCUCUUUAUUGGGAGACCGCGCGCUUCUUAUUUCAUGAGCAUCAAAGACAGGAUUGUGCAGAAAUUUUCUAGAUGGAAGGGAUUACAGUUGUCCAUGGCGGGGCGUCUCUGUCUGGUUAACUCGGUUAUUAGAAGCUCUAUUGUUCACUCGAUGAUGGUCUUUCGCUGGCCAAGAUCGCUGCUCCAUGAACUGGAUAGAAGUUGCCGCAAUUUCAUUUGGUCGGGCACCAUCGAUAAAAAGCCUACCUGUGCCGUGAGCUGGGAUCGUUGUUGCGCCCCCAAGGAGGAAGGAGUCCUCGGCGUUCGGUCUUUCGCUGUGAUGAAUCGCUGCUACAUGAUGAAAAUGGCUUGGAAGCUGUUAAAGGGUGAGGAUUUUGUUUUCAGAAUUCUCCGAUCUCGCUAUCUGAAUAGUUUUGGCUUGGCAAAGACGUCGGUGGUGGGAUCUUCGUUUUGGUUGAGUGUUAAGCCGGAGGUUGAUGAGUUAGUGGAGAAUUCUUAUGCUCUGGUGGGUAAUGGGAAGCACACUCGCUUUUGGACGGACGACUGGCUCGGUUACAAAAUUUGUGAUAAGAUUGCCAUUCCUUCUUUCAUGCAUGAGUUUUUGCAUCAAUCGGUGGCGGACUACUUUUUCGAAGGUGUUUGGCAUUUCUCAGCGAAUUUCAUCGAGCACUAUCCUGAGGUGGUGGUGGAUAUCAUUACCUGUCAGCUUGUUGGGGAGGACGAUGGUCGAUUUUGGAAACCAUCUCUCCGUGGAGAUGUGACUGCGGCUUUGGCCUUCGCUCAAAUUGGCCAUCGUUUCCCUAAAGUCAAUUGGGGUUCUUGGAUUUGGAAUAAAGUUAUUCCGGUAAGGCGGUCGAUCACCUGCUGGCGUAUCAUUCAUGGACGCCUUCCAACAAUGGACAAAUUGGUCAGGAAUGGUCUUAUUGCUCCAAAUCGCUGCAGUUUGUGCAUGGCGGAUGCGGAGACUCUCAACCACAUUUUCUGGAGUUGUCCUAGUGUGACUCCAAUCUGGAUUGAGUUCCUCACGUGGUUUCAAAUGCCACACCUUAUGGCUUGUGCAGACAUCCACUCUUUCUUGGUACAGACUUGGCAAGCCUCUUUCUGUUCUCUUAUUCAGAAUUUUUGGAAGUUGGGGAUUGCUAAUAUUCUGUGGUGUAUUUGGUCGUUACGCAAUAAAGCGAUUUUUGAGGAUCGACCCUUUGAGCAGCGGCGCGUUUUAGCGUUCGCAAAGGCUUCCUUCAAAGAGGUGGAUGAGGCGUUCUCUAAACUUGGUCAUACUUCUAAUUUAUGGUCUGAUUAUAUGAUCACUCGCUCUAUCGGAGUCUCGGUGCGUGCUGCCCCGCCUCCGGAUUUUAUUAGCGUCAGCUGGUGGCCGCCUGUGGAGGAUUGGAUCAAGGUCAAUACGGACGGGGCAGCGUCGGGUGCCCCGGGAGACAUCGCAACUGGGGGGGUUUAUCGUGACAAGUUUUGUGUCGUUAGAGGCUGUUUUCACUUGAAAGGUGGCAAGGGUUAUGCUUUUGAGGCGGAACUUCUGGCGGUUAUUACCGCGGUCGCCAUUGCGCACUCGAGAGGGUGGCACAAACUUUGGUUGGAAGCGGAUUCGUUAUACGUGGUGAAGCUGCUGGAAGAUCGCUCGUUGGCGGUUCCUUGGCGUUUUUAUGCGGCUUGGAAGGCCACUUUAGCUAGACUCAACGAGAUCACUUUUCGUGUCUCUCAUAUUUUCCGUGAAGGGAAUGUCGUCGCUGAUGCUAUGGCUAAUUUAAUGCAGCCGGAGGGCUGGUGGCCGUUUGGGAUUGAGGCCAUUCGAAAGCUUGCUAUUGCUGACAUCGCAACGCAUAGUUUCUCUAGGAAGGUUCGGUGA